AUGGACUCUCAAGAUAGACUCUUCAGAUUCCGCUUGCCCUUCCAUUUACCUUCAUCGACUAUUGUCAGAAGUGGUGGGGUUUAUAUCAGUGGAGCUCUCUUUGCCAUCGCCUUUUGGUUCUUAAUAGAUGCUGCCAUCUACAGCAAGACCGUCAACGCCUCGGUAGUUCACGUAACAUUCAUUGAUUGGAUUCCCGGAAUCUGUUCCGCUUUGGGAAUGCUCAUAGUUACCUCAAUCGAUAAAAGCCGGUUGUUUGAUGAUGCGUUGGGAGGCGGGGCCUCAUCCACCACGUAUCAGGCAAGGGUCAUCUUGUUCUUAGGGUUUAGUCUAUUAGCAGGUGGCUUAGCAGGCUCGUUUGUGGUGUUGAUCAUGAAGUUCAUUUCUAAAGGAUACAACGAGUACCCUACGUUGGGGAUGGGGGUUGCCAAUGUCAUCACUAAUGUAUCAAUAAUGUUGAGUUGUAUUUCUUUGUGGGUUAGUCAGAGCGUGGAAGAUGAAUAUUCGUACUCUUUAGCAUUAUGA